CUUGAAUCUCUUUCUGAAUAGUUGAAUCAUUGAGAAAAAUUAUGCUCGAGUCUGGGCAGUAGUUUCAGUCCUACAUUGUUAUAUUAGUAAUGGGAACUUUUGCAGUGAAUUUUCUGCAUCUGUAGACUGAUUUUAUAAUGGGUUGAUGGUAUAUACAUGAGAGGCAUUACUUGCCUAUUUUCAGCUAAGGUUGUGAGUAAAAUGGGGACACCUAUUCGAAGGUCCACAGCUUCAAACUUGGGUAUAAGAAGACCAAAUGAGACAAUGAGGCUGAUUGUAACAACCUUCGUUGGGCUUGUUUUCGGCUACUUUUUAGGUGUUUCAUUUCCUACUGUUUCCUUGUCAAAGAUGAAUAUACCGUCCAGCGUUUCUUCUUCCAUUGAUAUUACCCACAUCGAGGACAAGUACUCGGGUCUCUCAACCCAAGCACUGUUAAAUUUCUGGUCUUCUCUUAAGCGUAACACAGGCAUCUCACACAAAUUUAAUAAUAACAAGAUAUGGGCUCCUACUAAUCCGCGAGGUGCUGAGGGACUGCCACCAGGCAUUGUUGUAACCGAGUCUGAUUUAUAUCUCCGCAGAUUGUGGGGUCUUCCCAAUGAGGACAUUAUUGUCAGAUCAAGGUAUCUUGUGACUUUUACCGUCGGCUAUGAGCAGAAAAAAAACAUUGAUGCUAUAGUGAAAAAGUUGACAGAGAACUUUACCAUUCUUUUAUUUCACUAUGAUGGUCGGACAAGUGAAUGGGACGAAUUUGAGUGGUCAAAGCUGGCUAUCCAUGUGAGCGUGCGGAAGCAAACUAAAUGGUGGUAUGCCAAGCGUUUUCUGCACCCUGACAUUGUUGCACCGUAUGAUUACAUAUUUAUCUGGGACGAGGACCUGGGGGUGGAGAAUUUUGAUCCAGAGGAAUACAUAAAACUGGUGAGGAAGCAUGGUUUAGAUAUUUCACAGCCUGGUUUAUCCCCUGAUAGUGGGAUGACAUGGCAGAUGACAAGAAUGCGAAAUGACACAGAAGUUCACAAAGAGACAGAGGAAAGACCAGGCUGGUGCAAGGAUCCUCAUUUGCCACCCUGUGCAGCAUUCGUUGAGAUCAUGGCACCCAUAUUUUCUCGCGAUGCAUGGCGCUGCGUCUGGCAUAUGAUUCAGAAUGAUUUGGUUCAUGGAUGGGGUCUUGAUUUUGCUCUUAGGAAAUGUGUAGAGCCCGCUCAUGAGAAAAUAGGAGUAGUAGAUUCUCAAUGGAUUGUUCAUCAAACUGUUCCUUCACUCGGAAACCAGGGUACAGCAGAAAAUGGCAAGGCACCAUGGGAAGGGGUAAGAGAGAGGUGCAGAAAUGAGUGGGCAAUGUUUCAAGAUCGCAUGUCUGCUGCAGAAAAAGCUUAUUUUGAGGCAAUGGGAAUUGAUCCACCUAAUUCUACAGCUCGUUAGGUAGUAUUGACAUGGAAAUGUCAUGCAUCGAGAGCGAUAUUUGUUAAGUAGCGUUGAACAGCACCGGAUACAAAAUUAGCUUUUUUUUCUCUCUCUCUGAGUAUAGUUCAACUCCUGCCAAACAAAAUGGAUAUUUUGCUUUGUGCAAGUGUUGUUAUGAGAUUAUAAAUCAUAUUGUAACUCUAGCUCUUGUCGAGAUACACUUGACCUUAUGAAGACAAUCAAUUCGAUUGUUGAAGUAUGACUCUUAGUGAUUAUUUGGAUGAUACAUUUUGUUGAACAAGAGUUUCAAAAGAUUUACUACAA